CCAGUUCUCUGAUCCUCCCAUCAGUCAUGCCACAGUUGCCUGACAUACGUCUUUCUGACAAUGCACAGCUCGUCCUCGGUGCUGCAGUUUGUCUCGGGGCAGUAUUAGCGGUGAUUGCUCGCGCUCACCUUCCUACAUCAGAAAGUGGCCUCCCUCUCCCGCCUUCCCCUCCCACUUGGAGAAUAAGGGGACACUUCUUACCCCAUCGCAAUCCAUUUCUCACUGUAGCAGGAUGGAUCGACGAGUAUGGUCCUCUGGUCACCAUUCGCGCAGGAACUGAGAAAGUUAUCGUCAUCGGCCGUCACAAGGCCGUGGUGGAUAUCAUGGAGAAACAAGGUGGAUUGUUAGCUGAUCGUCCUCACCUCAUUGCCGCCGGGGAAAUGCUCAACGGUGGACUGGCUAUUGCCUUAACCCCUGCCGGGGAAAGGUGGCGUCGGAUGCGUAGAGCACUUCAUACACAUUUCCAGCCUAAAGCAGCCGAGGAAUAUCAGCCCCUGCAGGUGUUACACGCGAAGAAGAUGGUCCUCGACAUUCUUGAAGAUUCAUCUAAUUUCCAGAACCAUGCGGCAACUUACUCUGCUGCAACAAUUAUGAAAGUUGCAUAUGGGAAGACCACGCCUACAUCUGCGACCGAUCCCGAAGUCAUAGAGGCCCUGCAGCACAUCCAGAGACUUCGUACAGCCUUGCGCCCUGGUGCUUACCUGGUAGACUCGAUUCCUUGGCUCAAAUACCUUCCUUGGUAUGGCCAGGAAUUAAAACAGCAGCAUGAGAGGUGCAAGCAACUCUACACCGAUGAGUUGAACCGUGUGAAACUGCAAAUUCAGAGCGCCGUGGAUAUCGGCCCUUCGUUCGGGAAAUAUAUGCUAGAAAACGUCCAUGCCCAUGGCUUGACAGUGAUGGAGAUGGCUUUUCUUGCUGGCUCCUUAUUCGCAGCAGGAUCUGAUACGACUACUGCCGCGAUAUGCACCGUGCUCAUGGCAGCCGCAUGUUUCCCCGAGGAACAAGCCAAGGUCCAGGCCGAGCUUGAUGCGGUCAUAGGAAGGCGACGAGCACCGACCUUUUCUGAUGAACAAGCUCUUCCUCAUCUUCACUCCUUCAUCUCCGAGGCUUUGAGAUGGAGACCUUUGGUUCCCAGCGGGUUAGCUCACCGAACGACCAAGGAGGUGGUUUGGGAGAACUAUUGUAUCCCAGCUGGAACUACGGUAUUCGGCCAUCAUUGGUCCAUCUCUCGAGACCCAGACGUCUUCCCCGAGCCUCAUGCGUUCAAGCCUCAGCGCUGGAUUAAUGACCAAGGUGCCCUGAGGGACGAUCUCAAAUUUUUUGUCUUCGGGUUUGGUCGGCGCGUAUGCCCAGGUCAGCACCUUGCGAAUAGAUCAGUAUUCAUCAACUCGCUCCUGAUUCUUUGGGCUUUCCAUCUGGUUCUGGAUUCUACAAAGCCACUGGAUGACAUGGGGUUCAUGAGCGGGGUGUUGGAAAAUGCCCGGCCGUGCACUAUCGAGUUCAAAACAAGGCUUCCCGAAAUGGAGCUCAAGCGUAUGAUGCAAGAUAUUGCAUGAGACCUUAAUGUAUUGAUUGGUUCGUCGCUAGUUAUCCCUCUAGCACUAUCACUUCGCAAUAUUUGCCGUGUAUACUUAGGUCGUGCAUUGAUAUUUUAUCGUGAUUCCCGCCGCAGACGGCCCACCUGAGAACUUAUACUACAC